CAAAUUAAAGUUAACCGUGGUAAAGAGUGUGGGGAGAUCUUUCCAAAAAGUCCAAAGCCUCUAUAUAUCACAAGGCCAAGUAAAAGAAGUUUCUCACUUUAGCCGCCAUAGCUAGGGAGAAAACACAGAAGCUAAGGGGUAAAAAGAAGGAAGGCAAACGUUGUUAAAGAUGGUUUUGAUUGAUAGGAGUUGGGAUGAUGUUCGUAGAAAUGGAGAUCGAGGUUUCGACAAGCUUCGCACGCAGACAGUUACUGUCAAAACAAAUUCUGGGGUUGGAGAAGGAUCCAGCAAGUACCAGAGCUCUUUGUCGAUGCCGGUCAGCCCUGUAGGUCCGAUGACACCAACCACUCCGUCGCCCACGGCGGCGCGUAAAGAUAACGUGUGGAGGAGUGUCUUCAACCCCGGCAGCAACCUCGCCACCAAGAACAUCGGCGCCCAGGUUUUCGACAAGCCUAAGAAUACCAACUCUCCUACUGUUUAUGACUGGCUGUAUAGUGGUGAAACAAGAUCCAAGCAUCGUUGAAGAUCGAUCGGAGGGGUUCAUUUCGUGCCAUUCGCCGACAAGAAGUGUGUUUGCGUACGUGUAAAUAGGGUGUGGGUCCGUCGUCAGUUGCUUUGCCGGCGGUUAAAUUUUCCGGUUAAGAAGCGUAGCUAUGGCGUAUAAUUAUCUUUAAUUAAGAAUAUUAGUUACGGCUAUGGCGUCAUGCUUCCUGUUUAAUUUUGGUUUUGUUUUUGGUAUGGUUUGUUGUAAUUAAGGUUUUGUGAUGACCUAACUCCUCCGAUGAUGCCAAAUCAGUUUAUAGUAAUCUGUGUGCGCAUCAGUCGGAGAUUCCGAGUAAUAAAUUAGAAUAAUAGGGGUGAUAAUAAUGAUUAUGAAUAAUAAUAGUAAGGUUGUUUUGUGUUA